UUGCCGCCAUAUUCACACUCAUUGCGGCUAUGCUUGUUAUUUGUGUGUUUUGGGCAGCAAAGCAUUUGAUGUGUAGUGUGAGUUUGCGGCACGAAAGCAAGAGUGUUUGUUUUAGUUUAUAAUUUUCACGGUAUUUGCAUCCAAACAUCAUCAAAUUAGACUGUAGGUACUAUUCGGGUUUGAAGUUUAUACUCAAUUUGCAACGAUGGCAGAAUAUUUGGCAUCGAUUUUCGGUACCGAAAAAGACAAGGUUAACUGCUCGUUUUACUUUAAAAUCGGUGCUUGCCGACACGGUGACCGCUGCUCACGUAUUCACAACAAACCGACGUUUUCACAAACCGUUUUGCUACAGAAUUUAUACGUGAAUCCACAAAACUCUGCCAAAUCGGCAGAUGGAAGCCACUUGGUUGCAAAUGUUAGUGACGAAGAAAUGCAAGAGCAUUAUGACAACUUUUUCGAAGACGUAUUCGUUGAGUGCGAAGAUAAAUACGGUGAAAUUGAAGAAAUGAAUGUUUGCGACAAUUUGGGCGAUCAUCUCGUUGGAAAUGUUUAUAUUAAGUUUCGUCGCGAAGAAGACGCAGAACGCGGUGCAAAAGACCUAAACAAUCGUUGGUUCGGUGGUCGUCCGGUGUAUGCAGAACUAUCGCCAGUCACCGAUUUCCGUGAAGCAUGCUGUCGUCAAUACGAAAUGGGCGAAUGCACACGAUCCGGUUUCUGCAAUUUCAUGCACUUGAAACCAAUUUCCAGAGACUUGCGACGAUAUCUUUACUCUCGUCGAGGUUCACGCCGUUCAAAAAGUCGUUCACGAUCACCACCACGCCGUCGAUCUCGGGAACGUUCAGAUCGUCCAGAUCGCCCGGAUCGUCCAGAACGUCAGGAGCGUCGCCGUUCAAGGAGCCGUGAUAGAAAAGGUCGCUAUUAAGGAAUUGAUCUACAAUAUUUCAAUCAACCAUAAACAGAAACAGAAACAGAAAAAACAAUACCGUACACGCACUUUAUACGUGCAUUAAUUUGCUCCAAGUUUCGAUCUUGAAUUUGUAUUGACUUUGAUUUUAAAGAAAAAUAAAGGAUAAGAUAUAUCUA